AUGGGCCGAUCAGCGCCGCUUAUCACAUCUGUGGUGCCUUCCGGAAAAGACUUCGAUGGUAGUGCAAUCAGCGCUGCGGAGGUCGACACGGUUUCUGCUGUGAGAACUUCUGACGAUCGACGCAGGGCCUCGCUUGCCAGAGCACAGUUGCGGCCAUGGACAAGUCCCUGCAUUCGAGGAAAUACAUUUCAGUUUGAUCUUUGUCCGAACCACACUGCCCGAAUGAAUCACUCUGCACCUCUGCGGUUCAUGGACGAGAUGAGAUCUUGUGCGACGGGGCUUCGGAGAUCAGCUACUGGCUUGACGUCCUGUAAUGACAGUGCGCAUUUCCCGCUACAGCUGCGUGAAUGCCGGGGGACAUGCCCAGAGACAGGGCGAAGCAGAUCCAGCUCUUCUAGACAUGUUGCACGUCAUGGAACAGGAAAGCAGCAUGGCUGGUUGAGGACUCCUUUCGAGAGCGCCGAGGUAUCCGAGCUAGGUGAAGCAAUGAGGGAAUUGUUCAGUGCCUGCGACACGUCAGAAGAUGGGCAAAUCGAUCUUUCAGAGUUUGUUCAAGCGCAGAUGCACCUGGCUGAAGCACUUGGAGACGUCUUCGAUAGGCGUGUCGCCACUCAUCGCUUCUAUUCCAUGCAGAAUGCAAGGCUUGGCAGAGUCUCAUUUUCGGGCUUCUUCCGCGCAGAAGUCAAACGGUUGCAGGACGACGCAGACGUCAAUGGUGGCCCGCCACGGGCCGAGUGGCCCAAAAAGCUGCUUUGGUGUGCCAGUCAAAUCCGGCUCGGCCAGCGCCACCGCCAUGUGCAGGUGUGA